AUGAAUGGAAGUUUCUCUGAAGAUUCGCUCCUUAAUUCCUCCCGACCCGUGUUCCCAUGUCCAGGUGCUGCACAGAUUCAUGUAUCAAAAGGAGAGGUAUCAAUUUCCCUUUACCUUGCGUUCAUUGUCGGAGCCAUUUCGUGUCCAGGUACAAUUCUUUUGAACAUUUUAGUGAUCGUAACAGUAUUGAAGACGAGAGAGUUAUGGACAAACUCAAACAUUCUGCUAACUAGUUUGGCCGCCACUGAUUUACUAGUAGGCUUAGGUCCUGCACCGCUAGCCAUCGUUACAGACGCUUUGCAUCAUCGAAGAACUGUAUCGUUUCAAGUGAUUUGUACGAUGCGCAAGAUUUACCUCUUUGCAAUGCUCGCUACGUUCAUCGCUUCAUAUAAUCACUUGAUUGUAAUGGCCUGGGAGAGGUAUGUUGCGGUAGUUAGAUGUUUGGAGUACAAGUUUAUAGUUACAAAAGGACGCAUUAAGAGAGAUGUGGUAAUUGCUUGGAUUACAGCCAUCACAGCAACAGCCUUCUACAUCGUAUUCGACGCCGCUGGUGUUCAGUUGGAGGUCAUUUUGGUAACGGACAUCAUCAUAUGCGUUCUUUGGUUAAUUGGUUUUUUAUUGGUGGUGUAUUUUUAUUUCAUGGUUUAUAAACAAAUAAGAAAACAGCACCGAAGUCAAUUCCGCCGAGUAGACGCUCUUAUCAAAGCAAGGAUCGAAAGUAGACUCGCCUUUACGGCUUUUCUCUUAACAUUUGUCGUGUUUGCCUCGUUUGUUCCUUUAAUCGUUUCUCUCUUUGCAAACUUGUCACUCAUAGUGAAGCAAACUUGGCGAUGGACACAAAUUUUCGUUCAGGUGAACUCUCUAGUGAAUCCUGCCCUCUAUUUUUAUAGGAACAGACGAUGCAGGAAGGCUGCAGUUAAAUUGCUGAAAUUUAAAAAACCUCAGAAAACUCAGCCAGUACACCAGACUAAGCCUCUUGCGAAAAGGCACCGGUACUCCAUCGUGUCUCUGGAUAUCAAAGAUUUUGUCAACACCGAAAUAGCUAAACGGUCCCCUGCGCGCUCACAGUCUUGGGCGGCAGAAGCAUUUGAACGCUGGAUCUCCGUGCGUGGAGAACAAGAUAAGGCAGUCGAGGAUAGAAGCAUAUCAUGUCCGACUUUAAUAAACCAUGGAAACUUGUUUGAAGUGACUCGACUUGUUACCAGAACUAUCAUUGUUCAGAUUGAAUGUGCACGCGAAAAGAAACCAUCAAAGAGGAGGACGAAUUUAUCGAAUGAUAGAUACAAUGCUAAAACGUGCAAUCACCGCGGGAUGCCGAGAUCAGUGUCUUUGAAUGAAAAUGCACUAAUCGUUUUGAAAAGUGGCCGUCCAAAACCAGCCGAAGUUAAGAAUCAUAGACGCAAAUCAGCGCCAUUGGUUUUAAGAACUGAAAGCAAUAUUUUGAGAAAAGAAGAAUUGCAACAUUGA